AGUUCCAGAAAACACGAGAGAGAGAGAGACAGAGAGCUGGGAGCUCUGACCCGGACGCCACCGCGACCUGAGAAGGAAACCCGACCAGGGGGACGCCGUCCGGCCACCCCACGACGGCGCGCGGCCACCAGAGGCUUCGUCUCGGUGUCGUCUACGUCCCUGUGGUCCCAAAUUUUACAUGCAGCGACUGGGAACGGAGAAUCGACGAUCCAAAGCUUGAAGAACCUCCGGCGAGUUUCAACAAAUUCCGGCGACUCCGGCCACUGUUUGGGGUGUAUUUGGUAUGGAAAUGCAUCCCCUCGUCAUGCUCUACAUGUUUAUGUAAUUAGUUUUCAAAUUGGAUCAUGUUUUGACAACUUCGUUUCUGGGUUCUGCCGUGUUCUUCGACGCCGGCGACUUUUCCGGCAUUUCUGGGCUCCGUUUCUUGCUCGGCUACGAGAAACUUGUUGAGCGGCUAGCAUGGAAGUCAACAGUUCACCACCAUUCCAGUUUCGACAGUGAGCUCGGGAAAGCUGAGUUUGGGUGAUUGAAGUUGAUUUCCGAUUUCCCAAGUUAGCUUAGAAGUACAUUCCAUCUGAUCUUGGUUGCCCCUGAGGAUGCAGCGUCUGAAACUUCCACUACGGUUUCCCAAAUCCAUUUCCUAUGGUUACAGAGCCUUCCACGAUAAGACGCAGCUGGAGAAUGUCGGGCCGCUGGCUUCAAUCCUCAAUUCCCGGGCAGUGGUUCGGUUCCGAGGUCCAGAUACAGUUAAGUUCCUUCAGGGGCUGUUGACGAAUGAUGUAAGGAGGUUCGGUGAACCCUUGAGUGAGAAGACCUCAACAUUGGUCACACCCAAUUUAUCCUCCGAGUCCAUACCACCUAUGUAUGCCGCGCUAUUAACGCCUCAGGGAAGAUUCUUAUAUGAUUUUGUCUUGUAUGGCCUGCCUAGGCCGGAUGCCAAGCUUAAUAGGGCUGGGUCGGGACCUGGGGCAGACCCAGAUGAGCCGUUGGAGGUCUUUGCUGACGUAGAUGCUUCAGUCUUGGACGAACUCUUGAGCACCUUAAAGAAAUACCGUUUGAGGGCUAAGGUGGACAUUGAGAAUGUGGCAGACGAGUUACAUUGCUGGCAGCGUUAUGGGGGAAAGCUAUCUGAGAAGGACUCCUCUGUAGAAGAACCAGAAGCUGCUAGUGUUGGCUGGGGUGCUGGUGUUGAUCGCUUAGGCAUGUCAACUUCACGUGGAGAGCCUUGUGGAUGGCAGUGGUUUAAGGAUCCGAGAUUGGAUUGCCUUGGUUUCAGGGGGAUCUUCCCGUCUAAUACAACACCACCUUUGGUUGAAGCUGACAAAGAAACAGAUGAACAAAACUACCUUCUAUGGAGAAUAGAAAAUGGUGUUGCAGAAGGAUCAACCGAGAUCCCUAAAGGUGAGGCAAUUCCUCUAGAAUAUAACCUGGUGGCUCUAAAUGCAAUUAGCUUUGACAAAGGGUGUUAUGUGGGCCAAGAGCUUGUUGCUCGAACACACCACAGAGGGGUCAUUCGCAAACGCCUGCUUCCUCUAAAAUUUCUCAAGGAUAGCGGAGAAGAAGCAGAGCAGAAGGUUGCCCCUGGCUCCGAGGUGAUUGAUAGUGUUUCUGACAAGAAAAUUGGUACUGUCACAACUCAACUUGGAUGUCGUGGACUUGGUGUCUUGCGUUUGGAUGAAGCUUUUAAAGGAUCAAGUACGCUAACCAUACGAAGCCAGGACGAUGUGAAGGUCGAGCCUAUUAGACCCGAUUGGUGGCCGCCUGAAUGGUUGCAAGGACAUCAGCGUCGAAGUGCAGCUGCUUAAAAUUAGUCGCUUUGUAUGGACUUCCUUGAUCCUGCAAGUCGUUGUUGUGGUUCUAAUACCUUCAUUGAUUUUGUUGAAAGAAAAUAAGGGACAUGUUGUCAUGUUUCAAGAAAGAUGAUGUUGUAUAUUUAAGCUUACUCAUCUUUAGAGCUUACAACAAUGGAGUUUCGCUGUCGAUAUGCCACUAGUCAGUUGAUUUCAACUCCUUUGUUGAGGUUGUUAAUGUUCAGUGCUGUUAGUAGUUUGAGAUAAAAUGCUAGUUUGAAAACCCUGAUUCUCUAUUUUUGUAUGUAACUUCAUAUGGCAGUUCCUUGUUCA